AUGAAGCUCCUCAACUACCUCUACACAGCUCUCAUAGUGGCAGCCACCCACGCCGAAGCCAAACACGGCCGCGUCAAGGGAGGUGGCAGCAAAGGUGAUGGUGAAACAGAACAAGAGAUAGGGACUUGGUACUGCAACAGAGGCACGAGCGGUGACGGACGAUGCGACGCCACACCGGGCGUGUACACUUUCUGCUGCAUGCCCAACAAGAACGGGGAGUAUAAGUACGAGAAGGAGCCUCUCAAUCAGGGCUACGCUCCGGAUGGGAAGACGACUUCUUGCGGUGCUGGGGGAACGAUUUGGUGUGCGAACUAG